AUGUUCAGCCCUCUAGCAGCAGCUUACUCCGCUGCGCUCACUGAUCACCUCACUAGAUCGCAAGGCAUUUGGUCUAUCACAAAGCGCGACUUUUUCUCGCUCUUCUCUACCGCCUGGAGCACCUCGUUCACGGCGAAAAACGUACUCGCUGCCUUCAAAGCCACCGGUAUCGCGCCGCUCGAUCCACAAGUUAUACUACAGCGCUUUGCCAGCAAGAAGGACUCACGGCCAAGCUCAAGCGGUAGCGCGAGCUCACACGAGAACGAGCAGCUUAGAGAAGCGCUCUCGCAUAAGAAGAAGCGCCGGCAGCGCGGCAAGGCACUACUACUCGAGCCGCCUAAGGAGUAUCACGACGGCGCUGUCUUCUACUCGCCCGAGGCAGUAAAGCUCCGCAAGGAGCAGAAGCUUCUUAAGCAAAUUGCACUCGAAGAGAGGCGCCAUCUCCGGCUUACGGCGAAGCAGCAGCGCGAUAGGCUUAAGGCGGCAGAAGCUGCAGCACGAGAGGAGCAAAAGAUAGCUAAGCAAGCCCAGAAACAAAUCCAAAAUGACGUACAACUAUCGCGACGAUGGAAACGGCAAAGUAUUAAAGCGCAAACUAAAGCUAAGAUUAAUACUGUCGUUGGUGUUGAUAAUAGAGCCUCUACAAUAGCAUCUGCUACUUCAAUAGUGACCACCCGCCGCGGCCGCAACGUCAAACUUCCGGCCAAAUUUAAGUAG